GAGAAAGGAGGGCGAGCCCCGGAGUUUGUCGUCGGUCGUCAAUGGCGAGCGGAGGAGGCUACGGGGAUGCGAGCCAGAAGAUCGACUACGUAUUCAAGGUGGUCCUCAUCGGCGACUCCGCCGUCGGCAAGUCCCAGAUACUCUCCCGGUUCGCCCGGAACGAGUUCAGCCUCGACUCCAAGGCCACCAUCGGCGUCGAGUUCCAGACCCGGACCCUCCUCAUCCAGCACAAGAGCGUCAAGGCCCAGAUCUGGGACACCGCCGGCCAAGAACGAUACAGAGCUGUUACGAGUGCAUAUUAUAGGGGUGCCGUGGGGGCAAUGCUUGUUUAUGACAUAACCAGGAGGCAGAGCUUUGAUCACAUACCUCGCUGGUUGGACGAGCUGCGUAGCCAUGCUGACAAGAACAUCGUCAUCAUUCUGGUUGGUAACAAAACCGAUCUUGAGAACCAGCGUGCAGUGCCCACUGAGGACGCCAAAGAAUUUGCCCAGAAGGAAGGGCUCUUUUUCUUGGAGACCUCUGCAUUGGAUGCUACCAAUGUCGAAAGCGCAUUCUUGACUGUCUUGACCGAGAUAUUCAACAUUGUCAACAAGAAGAGCCUAGUUGCUGGAGAGAGCCAAACUAAUGGCAAUCCUGCAUCUUUGGCUGGCAAAAAGAUCAUCAUCCCGGGUCCUGCCCAAGAAAUCCCAGCCAAGAACAAAAUGUGUUGUGGAUCAUGAUGGUACUUCGAUGUGAUUUUCCUCUUAUGCUCUAGCAAUUUUUCCUCAUAUGUGUCAUGUGUGCUUUAUAUUCGAUGUAUAUCUACAUAUUAGAAGAGUGGUGGGGUUAUACUGCUGAUUGUAAUAGUGUGUUUCGUGAGGUCACAGAGACAAUAGACCUAACUGGGGUGCAUAUUCAUUGAAUGAUUUUUGUCUUCAAAAGUGAUAUUUCAUGCAA